CAGUUUCUUCGCUUCUCUCUAUUGAAAAUGACGGAUUCGACGGCGGAGUCGACGGAAGCAAACGCAAAUACUCUGAGGCUGGAGUUGCUCAAGGUACUGACGGAGAUUUUCCACGACGGAGUAGGACGAGGAGGAGGCAAAGAUCAUCAAGUUGAGACUGAUGGAGUCUUGAACGCAAUUGAUGAGGCUGUUACUAGAAUCCUUACUUGUCUGGGGAAAGUAGAAUCCAAGAAGCCGCCGGUGGUAGUUCCGAAAGAGUUUAUAUGUAAACUCUCGAAGACGAUCAUGAUCGAACCUGUGAUCAUUGCUUCUGGCCAGACUUUUGAAAAGAAACACAUCACAAAGUGGCUGAAGCAUAACACUACAUGUCCCGAAACCAAAGCAGUCCUCUCUCACUUGUGUUUGACACCCAACCAUUCGAUCAGUGAGUUGAUUACGCAGUGGUGCCUCGUUAACAAAUAUGAUCGGCCAGACCCACAACCAUCUGAUGAAACAGUCAUUGAGAUGUUCACUGGUGACAUCGAACCAUUGCUUCACCGGAUUUCUUCUCCUUCCUCGGUUGCAGAUCAGAUAGAAGCUGCAAAAGAGCUUGCCCUCCAGACCUCGAAAUUUGUCAAUGUCCGUGAGUUCUUUGUCAAGGAACUCCAUGAUUCGAUCACUAGGUUGCUCACUCCGCUCUCUAACUUGGGCGAUGACGUAGACUCGAAUCCUGAGCUUCAAGAGAAUAUCCUCACAUCAUUGUUGAACAUCUCGACUGUUGAGAAAAGUCAAAAAGUAAUUGCUGAAAAUCCUCUUGUGAUCCCUCUGCUUACAAAGUCUUUGAGGAAGGGGACAGAUCAAACAAAAACAGUCUCUGCAGCGACUUUAACGUCACUUUCAGGCAUUGAUUCUAACAAGAUUAUCAUCGGGAACUCGGAAGCACUCAAGGCUCUGAUAGAUCUAAUCGGGGACUCGGAUGACUUAUUAGCCACCGGUGAAGCUGGUUACGCUAUUUUAAACCUCUGUUUUGAUGAAUUGGAGAACGCGGAAAAGGCGGUUUCAGAGGGUUUGAUUCUCACACUACUCAAAAAGAUCGUAGCAGGAAGAAAUGUGGAGAAUAUGGUAUCUAUCUUGGCAUCCAUUUCUACAAACAACCGGGCUAAAGAUGAAAUAGAGGAACUAGGGAUUGUGUGUGAUAUCUUAAAGAUCUUGAGGAACCCAAGCUGCUUGCUGACUGGUGAGAACGCUAUAGAGAUCCUCUUCAACAUGUUUGAUAGAAUCAGAGGUACGGCUAGGCUGGGAAUUCUCCAAGAAGAGGAGCUUCUAUACAAGACAUUUACGAAGCUUGCAAGGCAAGGAUCAGAUCGUGCUGCGAGAAAAGCACAAGAGAUUUUACAGUGGAUGGAGAUGUUCGCUGAGAAGGAAAGGCGCCAAACGAUGCUUGAGUUUGCUGCUCUUAAUUGACUUGUUGUUUCUGCAUGAUCACUGAGAUCAAAAUCAAAGUUCAUGUCAUUGGAUCCAUACCUUAGUUUUGUAUACUUAACCAUAAUGUGUCUCCCUUGGUUUUAGCUUUAAAGUAAACUACUUCUCUCUAGAUUUUUUUAUAAAGAAUGUUUUCUUGG